GUACAACGCGUUUCGUUGCCGACCGAAAUUUCGUAUAAUAGUGCUCCGCCUAGUUUUUUGUUUGCGAUGUCAGAAAAGCGCAAGAGACCUGAUUUUAGUGACUCGGACAGUGAUGAUUAUAUCAUUUGGAAAAUUGCAAGAUUGAAGAAGCGGUUGAAGAAGCACCAUUCAAAGGGCAGAAGGUCUCACCGUUCUCCAUCCCCCCAGAGUGAUGUUUUUACCACGCCCGAUCACUCAGACGACGACGAUGUGCCGUUAUCAGCUUUUGCGGCCAGGAAUGCUGAUGCCGUGGAUUCCGAGGUUGCCGGCUCAUGCAUAACCAACACCACUCCAAUUGAAGAUGGGGGAAGUUCAAUUCUAGAUGCUAGUAUACUAGCUCUUCUGGGAGAUGAAAAGCCAUCUGCAGACGUGCUUGGACCAAGCAUUCAUGUGGAUCUAACUAGCAGAUGGUCAUUUAUUUUAAGCAACGGGUUAAGCGAGGCCUCCGUCAAUACCUUGCUCAAAAAAUAUCCCCCUCCUGAAAACUGCCCACUUUUAAAAUGCCCCCGUAUAAAUCCAGAAGUUGCCUCAGCGAUUAAUGAACAAGUAGCUCGUAGAGACUCAAACCUCAAUGGGCUUCAGAACCAAAUAGGAGCUGCACUGUCAGCAUUGGGUCAACUCGCAUCAGCAGUUGUGUCUGAAGAAGGGGGGGGGGGGACCUGGCUUAUGUUGAAUUAGCUAGUGAUGCUAGUAGAUUACUUUUAGAUUUUUAUCACAAAUACUCGGUAAUCCGUAGAGAUUUAUUGAUACUGAAUUUACGGAAAGAUCUCAAAGAAACUCUGACUAAUGUGUCUGCUGACGGAUGGUUGUUCGGCAAGGAUCUCGGUGAGCGAAUAAAAGCUACCAAG